CAAAGGGCUUUGCGGAGGCGCUGGAAGGGAGGUCAGUUCCUCUGCCAACAUCGCUCCAGGCUGCUCCAUCUGUUCAGAGGAGACAGAUCCACCCCGACGUCAAAGAACCACAAAAAACGAUGACCACUGUGUAUGUCCAGAAUCCCACACCUUCUCAGGUGGGACUGAAGCACCGGCACGGACUAGAUCCUGACAACAGCGCCAAGAUGCCAUCCCAGCUGGAGCACGCCAUGGAAACCGUCAUGCUCACGUUUCACAAGUUUGCAGGCGACAAAAACUACCUAACGAAAGAAGACCUGCGGCAGUUGAUGGAAAAAGAGGUCCCGGGGUAUAUGGAAAACCAGAAAGACCCCCAGGCCAUCGACCGCAUCAUGAAGAACUUGGAAGAGUGUCGAGACGGAAAGAUCGGCUUCGAGGGCUACCUCUCCCUCUUUGCCGGCUUGACCAAUGGCUGCAACGAGUAUUACGUGAAAAAGAUGAAGCCGACCGGGAAGAAAUAUUGAAGGGAGGAGAGCCUUUCUGCCCUAACUCCGCAGCGCUGAUGGUGUGCCAUUUGGAUCCCCAAAAACCUUCCAGAACCAAACCCGCUUGCGCUUCAGAGUGCCAAAUCUCUGUCUCAAAUCUAGCCAUUUGGGGGUGAUCCAGACCUUAACAAAACCUCGUCCUUUUCCCUUUUUUCCAUUCCCGUAAUCCUUUUCCAGAUACGUUUGCAUCCCUAACCUGCGCCCAUCGCCGCUACCGGGACCAAAUAUGCUUCCCUUGUUCCCAAAUGUCCACUACUUAACCGUGAAAUAAAACGUUUUUUGUUUUUUUGUUUCCUA